AUGGUUCAUGGAAUGUCACUUCGUUUAAGCACAACAACAUUGCAAUUGUUAGCGCUCGUCCUUGGCGCACAUGGUUUCCGUGACUACAAUGAACUUCCAGUCUUCGACAUAAUUGAUGGAAAUGUUGGUCAGUUUUUCAAUAACACUGAAUCCGAUUAUACGGAUAUUGAUGUGUUAUUCACCAACGUUUCCUAUUCCAUUGAAUCCGAGGAAGGAGUUAAUUACUCGUUUAUCCAUCUCGACUAUCCUUAUUUGUCAUUGACAGACAACUAUGUGAUCGAUGGCCCUGACGAGUACUGGCACCAAGUUGACUUAAAUAUGCCACAACUGACUCCUCUACCACAAUCCUUGGAGUCUGACAUUCGUUUGCUCCCGUUGACUAAGUCAUACGGCUCUUCGCAUUUGUAUAUGUUUACUCCAAAGGAACUCUUUGAAGAUGUUGUUUGGACAGAAGAAGCUCCUGAAGUUAGCCAUGUCGGUUGGGCAAUUGUUUUCGAUAAUGUAGGUCGUUUCUUUUUGCUCGAACUUCGUGGUUUGCGCGAAAUCACACUUGCUAUGUUCCUUGUGUUUUCAAUUUUCCCUCUUGUCACUGGUGUAGCUUCCGUUAUGAUCUUUCGGAGGGCUUAUUACCGAAUUGAGUUCAACAAAAAAGGACGUUCUAAGAACUCGAUUCGUAAAUUGAAGUCCCAUUAUAAGAAGCGACAGAAACUGCUUGAGCAGUCGCAGGAGAGUACGGAUAUUGUGGAGGGUGAGGAUCCUCUUCCUGUUGAUCCUCAAGUUCAUCGUACCUGUAUUCUUUUUGCAACUCUUGAGUACAACAUUCCCGACUGGGAUAUCAGAAUUAAGAUUGGUGGUUUGGGUGUAAUGGCAGAACUAAUGGGUCAACAUCUUCCUCACUACGAUUUGAUUUGGGUUGUUCCUUGCGUUGGCAAUCUUGAAUACCCUUCUGCUGAAGAAGAGGCUCCUAUCCAUUUGAAAGUUGUUAAUCAUAUAUACACUGUUCGAGUAUACAGCCAUUAUUACAAGAACACAAAGUAUCUUUUACUGGAUGCCCCAGUUUUUCGUAAACAAACUGCUGUCGAACCUUACCCUCUUCGAAUGGAUGAUUUCGCAUCUGCUAUCUUUUACAGUGUAUGGAAUCAAUCAAUUGCAGCACUCAUCAAACGUGAACCUGUGGAUCUGUAUCAUAUCAACGAUUACCACGGCGCCUUGGCGCCUAUUUACAAUCUUCCCUCUGUUAUUCCUUGUGCGAUCUCUCUUCAUAACGCUGAAUUCCAAGGUCUUUGGCCCUUGCAUACAGAAACUGACGUGAAAGAAGUCUGUGGUCUUUUCAAUCUCCCAAUUGAAACCUGCAAGAAAUAUGUACAAUUUGGAAAUGUAUUCAAUCUUCUUCAUUCUGCCAUUUCUUAUAUCCGUGUUUAUCAAAACGGUUUUGGCGUCGUUGGUGUUUCCAACAAGUAUGGUGAACGUUCAUGGGCUCGUUAUCCUAUAUUCUGGAGCUUGAAGGAAGUUGGAAAACUACCUAAUCCCGAUCCUACUGACACAGUAGCCACAUUAGAAGACGACAGCGUUGAUGGAAGGAGUCUUGAAAGUGUCCUUGCUUACCGUAAAGAAUGUAAAAGAAAGGCUCAAGAAUGGGCUGGCCUGAAAGUCGAUGACGAUGCAGAUCUUCUUGUAUUUGUAGGUAGAUGGUCUAUUCAAAAGGGUAUCGAUCUACUUGCGGAUUUGGCACCAACAUUGCUUGAAGAGUACAACACACAGUUAAUUGUGGUUGGUCCUGUUAUUGAUCUUUACGGUAAAUUCGCUGCGGAAAAAUUCGUCUACAUCAUGCAACAUUAUCCUGGUCGCGUAUUUUCUAUGCCUAAGUUCACACAUUUGCCGCCUUUCGUUUUUGGUGGUGCUGACUUUGCUCUUAUUCCUUCUCGUGACGAACCGUUUGGUCUUGUUGCUGUCGAGUUUGGAAGAAAGGGUGCUUUGGGCAUUGGCUCUCGUGUUGGUGGCCUUGGUGAAAUGCCAGGAUGGUGGUACACUGUUGAAUCUAGUGCUACUUCUCAUCUCCUUGAACGUUUCGAAACUGCUUGUCGUCGAGCUUUGUCUUCACCGAAGGAGCAGCGACAAAAGCUUAUCAUGGCUGCAGUCAAGCAACGCUUCCCAGUUAGCGAGUGGGUUGCCCUUUACGGCAAUCUUGUGAACAAGUGUAUCCGUUCUCAAAAAGCUUGUUUAAAUCCCAAAAAAUUGAAGAAACAGAUUAAAAAGCAAGCUGCUCUUCAGGAACAAGUUGCAGACAAAGAACCAAUGCAACUUCCCACAAUUGAGGUCCUUGAUGAGAACAACAAUGUGAUUUCGACUGAAUCUUUUGCGCAAACAGAGGUAUCAAACGACGCACCUGAAACCAGUGAUAGAAUGGAAGGCAGUGAAACUGCUGGACCUGAAAUUACUCCAUCAGAUGCCGUUGAAGCUAUGGAAGCAGACGUUAUGGAGGGUGGCAUUGAAGAACCAGAAACUGAGGAAACGCCAGUAGCUGUUGAGUUUUGGGGUUCAAAGAUGGAAGAACGGUUCAUUGACGCUAAUGGAAUGGCUAUUAAGGAAUAUUCGGAUAUGCUUUCAUCACUUACGCCUGAAAAUUCUAAAGGCAGUCAUUGUAUCGAAUCCUUCCUUGUCAAAGUUCAACGACGCUGGUAUGAAGAGGAACAUCACUACUAUAAGACUCGCUUUUCUAAAAAGAAGUAUAAGUAUUUGCAGACUCCUGAACAAAAUGCAGCUAAUAACGUUGCUGAAGUCUCGACUAAAAGUGAGGGGACUGCAGACAGUAAUGCACUUGAUUUGCCGCUUGCGCAAAGAAUUAUGUAUUACAAAGUCGGCUCGUGGCCUGUUUAUACAAUGUGUCUUUCGUUGGGACAAAUUCUGUCCGUAUCUUCUUUCCAACUCACACUUCUCUCUGGCUUCAAUACUAACAACGCUUACUCUCUUUAUGUUGUUUCCAUUGUAUUUGUUCUGUCUUCCUUCCUCUGGUGGGGUAUAUACCGAAAGUUUUCAAGCAUUCACUCGUUGUCACUUCCUUUUGUUGUAUAUGCUCUAGCUUUCACCAUGACUGGUAUUUCUUCUUUAGGAUUUCCUAUUGCAAUCUGUGGUUGGCUCAGCUAUGUUGCUACAUGGAUUUACGCCGUUGCAGCAGCUAGUGGUCCACUGUACUAUUCCCUUAACUUUGAAGAGGAAGGUAAUUCUGGCGUUGGCUGUUGGGUAUACAGAGCCUGUGUUUUGCAAGGAAUCCAACAGAUUUGGACAGCCGUACUUUGGCUAUGGGGUACAAGAGUCAGUCACCUGGCUGAUGACGGUACUAUUCUUGUGGAACCAUUGAACACUACUUAUGUGGCAGCUAUUGUAUGGCCAUUUGCACUUUUCUUAAUUGGUCUUACAGUUUUUCUCUACAAAGGACUUCCGGUUUAUUACCGACAACUUCCUGGUUCUGUUCCAGCUUUCACGAAGUCCUUGCUUCACCGUAAAGUCGUUCUCUGGUUCCUUUUUGCUGUUGUCUGUCAAAAUUACUGGAUGUCUACCCUAACUGGUCGCGCUUGGCGUUUCUUUUGGGGUUCCUCACUGACAAAACUCUGGAAAAUUGGGUUUAAUGUCUGCUGGUUUCUUGGUUUUUGCGUGGACAUUCAUCCUGACCGUUCUUGGUCAUUUCUCUUCAACGCACACUUGGGACAAUUCCCGGUUAUCGGACUCGGAUUCGGUAUCACGAAAUGGCUCCACCUCUUCUGGAGUACAUCAAACAUUGGCAUGUUCCUUCCCUGGGCUGGCAUCGCUGGUCCAUAUCUGAGUCGUGCAUUAUGGCUUUGGCUAGCUAUUCUCGAUGCUGUACAGAAUGUCGGUAUUGGUCUUAUUCUGCUUCAAACGCUUACAAGACGUCACGUUACUAGUACUUUGAUGCUUGGUCAGCUUUUUGGAGCUACGACUACAAUUCUUGCUCGUCUCACAUCGCCCACAAAGAUUGGCCCUUCAACAGUCUUUCCCGACUUGACUGGUUACACAACGGUUGAUGGAAUCGAGCCUUUACUCGAUAUACCCUUCUGGGUUUGUCUUCUCUUGCAGAUUAUUGUCUGCGGAGGAUACCUUAAGUAUUUCCGUCGAGAAAACAUGAGCCGUCCUUAG